UCUGCGUACUUCAGCCCAAUAGGACCCCCUUCUCACAUAAGCCACAAAAGCCACGCUCGUAACCUGAUUGGCUGCAGCAGAGUGCGUCUUUUCCGUUGUGAGUGGAGGGGUUUUAAAUGGAGAGGACCAGUGAAACGUUACAUAUAAUAGAGAACAGUUACUCUUCGUUAUCACUGCAUUCCCGCCAUUCAGAAUGUCCACAGAAAACUUUUCAGACUUGGAGAUGGAGCUAAAUGAUCUGCUCCAAGAGUUUGCUGACGUGGUUAAGGAGUUGAGAGAGCCUUCCCAAAGCGUCCCGUACGCAUACGAGCAACUCCUGUCCCAGGCUAAACGGCGCACGGGGCUGGGAGACGAAGGCUCGAUGGUCAGCGACAGCGGUGUGGAGGACACUAGUGACUAUAGCAGCGAGGCGUCUUUAGGCAACAGUCUGAACACUAGUGAAGAGGAACUCCACACCGCAGGCGUCCUAACGCCCAAAGCCAGAAUGGGAGACACUGCGGACCUGCAAAGAUUCAUCGACAGCUUGGACCAGGAACUCGCAGAGAUGUGAGCCGACAGAACGAGAAGGGGAGAGGCGGAGAGAAGUGAGGGCGAUGAGGCUGAGACCACGACGAGAGAGAGGGAGAGAUCGGUCCGGAGGCUGACCACUGCUGGGCACGCACCCACAGUCACACAGCAGGGCUCAGUUCCGUUAAGAGGAAGGCAUCUCUCGUCUGGUCCCUUGGAGGGAGCGAGGUUAAACAUGAAGAAUUAAAAGGGCAUCUUAUUCCGGUAGCUUAAACAUGACUGGACCCGGGGCAGGGCUACACAGCAAACCCUCCGUCAACCCUGGCCUUUAGAGAAAGCCUGGUGGCACUGUAUCAACUAAAGGAAGCUGUUCGGUAGUCUAAAGUGUCUCUCUCGAAUUGGGAAACCGAAAUGUCACCCCUUUAUCCUCUGCUGUGCAUUAUUUCAUCUUCUAUAAAGGGAAUAGGGUGCCCUUUUAUACUCCGAGAUGAAUACCAGAAGGAAACGGAUCAGUUAGCAGUAGAGGCAACACAGUAUCUUGUUAUUAGGCGGAGCUGCACCUUUGGGUUCCUGCCAGCCUGUUGUUUUUUGAAGGCAGGCCUUGUAGCAGUGAUGCCCCUCGUUCUCAUCAAAUGGAAAAUGUGUUGGAAAAAACGUGUCAUCCUUUAAAACUAUUACCAGACAGUGUCUCAUAUCAACCAAAAUGAACUGUAUGUUGUUACUUACUCAGAUUUGGUAUUUAAGUUGAUGCCCUUUUAAUAAAGAAUUUUAGUGUCAUGUACAGUAACUGUAAAAUGUAUAUUGUUAAAGUAUGUACAGUAUUAUGAAUGCCUAUACUACAAACAGACAUGAGCCUGUUCCUUUUUGUACAGAGGAAUGCACAGAUGAAUAAAGAUAUGUAUUUUUCAAAUUC